AUGGGGCAUUCUGAAUGGGAUCACAAACGAGGACCCAGAGGCUCACAGUCUUCUGGUACCAGUAUCACAGUGGAUAUAGCUGUCAUGGGAGAAGCACAUGGGCUCAUUACGGACCUUCUCGCAGAUCCUUCGCUGCCCCCCAAUGUGUGUACUUCACUGAGAACAGUGAGCAACCUGCUUAAUACGCAGUUAACCUUUCAGGCCAUCCACAAGCCAAGGAUGAACCCUUUGGUGUCCUUCAGUGAGAACUACACCUGCUCUGACUCAGAGGAAUGUCCAGAGAAAGGAGAGAAACUGGCUAUUCCCAAGCGCUUACGGAGGAGUUUGCCCCCAGGACUGCUGAGACGAGUGUCCUCAACUUGGACCACAACAACAUCAGCCACAGGAUUACCUACCCUGGAGCCAGCUCCAGUAAGAAGGGAUCGCAGUGCCAGCAUCAAACCUCAUGAAUCAUCUUCAUCCAGCGCCGACUCCUGGAACAGCUCAAUUUUGAUGACAAUCACGAAGAGCAGGUCCUUCUCCACCUCCUACGCCAUGUCUUCAACCAACCACCUGAAUGCCAAAAGGCAGAGCCGGCAAGGUAUUCCGCCAAAUAUCUCUCCUCUCACCUCCCCGUGCCAUUCACCGAUUCAGGGGACACCUGCCACGAGUCCUACCGGAAAAACAUCCUCCGUGUCAUUUCCAGACUCUACAGAUACUGACACCAAGCAAGGCUUAAAGCCACACAAAGUCUUAACCUCUACUCAGAGUGCCCCUACCCUGUCAGACCCUAUUAUCAGCCCCUCUGUCAUCUGCAGCAGCUGUGGCAGACCCUAUAACCAAAUAGAAGCUGGUGAUGGGACACUAGAUAGAAAUGAUGGUACCACACACACCCUGAACAGAACAGACGAUCCCGCGCAAGCCACUUCUGACUAUGAGACCAACAACAGUGACAGCAGCGAUAUCGUACAGAACGAUGACGAGACAGAUUGCUCCAAGGAGCAGACGCGGAAGGGAUCCGUCUGUAGGACGUACGCGCCUGAAACCAUCAUUCUGCAUCCCUUGAUACCACCUGAGGACAAGCCCGUACUUGCUCCUGAGCCUCUGGUUAUGGACAACUUGGAUCCCUUGAUGGAGCAGCUAAAUAGUUGGAACUUCCCAAUCUUUGAUUUGGUGGAAAAAAUCGGAAAGAAAUGUGGUCGGAUUCUCAGUCAGGUAUCAUACAGGCUUUUUGAAGACAUGGGGCUGUUUGAGACUUUCAAGAUUCCAGUGAGGGAAUUUAUGAACUACUUUCAUGCCUUGGAAUGUGGAUACCGAGAGAUACCUUAUCACAACCGCAUCCAUGCAACUGAUGUCCUACAUGCUGUUUGGUACCUUACGACUCAGCCCAUCCCAGGACUCCCAACCGUCAUUAAUGAUCACGGCUCAGCCAGCGAUUCAGAUUCUGACAGUGGAAUCACUCAUGGCCAUAUGGGUUAUGUGUUUUCGAAGACAUACACACCUACAGAUGACAGCUAUGGAUGCCUAGCUGGCAACAUCCCUGCCCUUGAAUUGAUGGCUCUUUAUGUAGCUGCAGCCAUGCAUGAUUAUGAUCAUCCAGGAAGGACCAAUGCCUUUUUGGUAGCAACGAGCGCUCCUCAGGCAGUGCUGUACAACGACCGCUCCGUCCUGGAGAACCACCACGCCGCCGCUGCCUGGAACCUCUUCAUGUCGAGGCCAGAGUACAACUUCCUGGUCAACCUCGACCACGUGGAGUUCAAGCAUUUCCGCUUCCUCGUCAUUGAGGCAAUUUUGGCUACUGACCUGAAGAAACACUUCGAUUUCGUUGCCAAAUUCAAUGCCAAGGUGAAUGAUGAUGUUGGAAUUGACUGGACUAACGAGAACGACCGCUUGCUGGUUUGCCAAAUGUGCAUCAAACUGGCUGACAUAAACGGGCCUGCAAAGUGCAAAGAUUUGCAUCUGCAGUGGACAGAAGGCAUCGUCAAUGAGUUUUAUGAACAGGGUGAUGAAGAGGCUAGCCUGGGCUUGCCAAUCAGUCCUUUCAUGGAUCGCUCUGCCCCCCAACUGGCACACCUCCAGGAAUCUUUCAUCACUCACAUUGUGGGACCACUAUGUAACUCCUAUGACUCAGCGGGGCUGAUGCCAGGAAAAUGGAUAGAAGAUAGUGAUGAAUCAGGAGACACUGAUGAGCAUGAAGAGGAAGAAACAGCAGAAAUGGAAACUUGUGAAAACGCUGAAUCCAGAAAGAAGAAGUUCAAGAGGAGGAAAAUCUACUGUCAGAUCACCCAGCAUCUGCUUCAGAACCAUAAAAUGUGGAAGAAAGUGAUUGAGGAUGAGGAGAGGUUAGCCGGGACAGAGAAGCAAGGCGUGGAGCAAUCCACCCUGCACCAAUCUUCAGAACAAAUCCAGGCCAUCAGGGAAGAGGAGGAGGAGAAAGGGAAGCCCAAGAGGGAUGAAGAGGAGAACACAACUGUAGAACCGAACCAAUGACAAUAUUUACAGCAGUAUUUUAAGACAGAUUGACUCGUGCACAGACUCUUUCUCAAGCCAGCACAGCAUUUAGACACAACACUGUAGAAGUAUGGGAUAAUGCGCCUACAGCUGUUUAAUUUGUUUCUCUUUCCUUUUUAUGGUGAGGUACAUUGUUUAAACUCCUAUGCUCAAGGAAGCUUUCACACUGCGACACCGGCUUUUACAGACUUUCUUUUAAAAAGAUUUGGGGGUGGGUGAAAUUAUAUAAAUAUAUAUAUAGCCAGGGUUAUUGCCUGUGCACUUCAGCAAAAUACAUUUAAUGAUAUAUUAUGGUCACUGUGAUAUUUACAGAAGAAAGUUAUCUAAGGAAAUGCUGCUUCUAAAGCACAUUUGCAGUUAACAGUAAGGUACCAGUUAAGUAGCUUUUGCUCUUAAUGCUGAGGGAUAAAAGUUCCAAAGCUUUAUAUGAAUGCUGAUACGUCCUGCCAACAUACAUAUGGGUGCGUGUGCGGGGGUGUUUGCGAGUGUGAGUGGGUGCAAUGUAACAGAGCAUAGUUUGAGUUCUUAUUUAGACCAGCUGUAGCACGUGUCCCCAUACACGACGACAAACAGAAGGCCUGAAUUUUAGGGACUACGUGCCCACAGGGGAAGCAGAGACCAUUUUGAGGAGCUUUCUGCUCCCCAUAGUCCUCCUCCUCCGGCCGGUUUGCGCUCCAGCUGCAGGCCGCAGCCUUCCAGCGGGGGCCACGAGGCGAAAAGGGAUGUGCCAGGACAUCUGUGGUCCAAAGGGGGUUAUACGAGGGACAGUGUGGCCUGUUCCCCUCCAGAGGACCUGGCCCUCUGUGUACUUUUGAGUGUGUGGGGCAGCGUGUGUGUGUUUGGGCAGGAGAGAACAGGGAGCAAACGAGGGGCACGCUGUCCUCUCCCCACCCUAACCCUAGGCCUCCGUGCAGCGGUGGCCAAACACAGCAUUUCGGAGCGAAGCUAAACUGCCAUCUCUUGAGAGCAGAAGAAGGGGAGCGUGGGGGCCAUGCCUUUCCUCAGAAUAAAAGGCAAACGAUGCGUUAGGAGCAGGGUGGGGGACCGGUGCCCAUCCCGCAUCGGCCGGACACUGGUGUGUCCCACCAACCACUCACACGAGCUUCAGAGAACUUGGUUUUUCAGUGUGAGGUGCUGGAUGGGAGCAGUUUGUUGCUGGCAUCCUGCUUAGAAGCAGCAUGUUUGAUCCCACCGAUAUACUUACUUUUUUUUUUUUUUUUCUUUUUUGCUUUUAUUUUUUUUAAGAGAAAGGAAAAGAUCGGGCCUGUAAGAAGAGCAGAUCUUUUUUUGUUGUUGUUGUUGUUCUGUUUAUUUGUUUUCUCUGUUGUUUAUGCUGUGAGCCAAAUGUCUAUUUAAAAGGUUGGAUAUUCACUUUCAAUAUUUUAUUUCACGAUAUUAUAUUUGUCAAUGAUUAGCUAUCUAGAUGUAAAUAUGGAAAAAUUUUUAUGGGUUCCUGUAGAUAAUGAUAUCUUUAAGAGAAAAAAAAAAAGAAAAAGAAAAAAAGGGGAAAGUUUUUUUGUAAAGCUAAUUUUUUAAAAAAUAAAUACAAAAACAUUUUUAUACAGUGUAGCCAUUUCCAAACCCAGCAAACAAAGUCUUGAGUAAUUGGUGUAGACCUUUCUGGGAAGCCAGUGGUCUACAGGAUCAAGGCUUUAAAAUAUUAAUGCUCCUUGGGACUGGCAGCACUAACCAGUACCACACGAUUUAGAGUUUUGUUCCCACAAAAAGACGUAUAUAUAUAAAGUUCAGUAUCUCUCGAAAAUCAUUUGACUGCGUAUGCUUUUUAUAUUUUGAUCCUGCAGCCCCUUGCUAAGAAGAGGAUUGCUUGUGUAAGAAUGCUUGUGAAAGGAAGAGUUUGUAGGAGAAGUCCUUUCUAUAUCAAAUGUCUGACAUUGCAGCCAUCAGUUUUUGCUGUUGUUACGCAUUCACCAUAUUUCAUGGUGCAAUUGAUCCCUUCCCAAAAAUGUUGGAAAACUUUCUCUAUCAAAGCCAAGCAGCAAGUGUGUUGUCACUUCCGAGUUUCUUUUUUUUGCUUUGCAUUUCCUUUAGAGUGAACUUUUUCUGGAAAAUGGCAUUUUGGUUUCUUACAGAUUUCAUUUGCCUGAUGUCGUCCCAUCCUACUCUUACCAGAAUAGAAGGCGUUUGCCUUUCGACAGAGGGACUCUAGAGCGUGGCUCUGAAUGCUCUCUUACCAGCAGAAAUAUUUAAUAAGUGUUUUUCGAUGAAAUCAGAAAAGCAAAGUUCCAAAUUCCACUAUUAUUUCAGAGGGAAAAGAUCUAGUAGAAUUCAUUCAGAAGAAAAAAGAUGUCUCCAAGAUCUCAGCAAGGCUCCACCAAUUCCAGCUUGUUUUCACACCUCUUCAGUCACUUUGAUUAAUCAUUUUAUCUGGUGUUUUCUUGUACAAGUGAUCUGCAUACCUUAAAGCAUGAGAAGAAUUUAAUAUGCCUCAUUCUGUCCUUUAAAAAUUAAACUUGCAGAGAUGCUUUAAAAUA